GCUGGCCCCUCCCGGCCUCCCGCGCGCGGCUCCUCCCCGGCGCCCGCUCAGUCCGGCGCGCGCUUCCGCAGGUGGCCGCGAUGCCCGGCGCCCCCGGCCCGCUGCGCCUGGCGCUGCUGCUGCUCGGGGCGGUGGGCAGGGCCGGCCCCCGUCCGCAGGGUGCCACUGUGUCCCUCUCAGAGACCGUGCUGAAGUGGCGAGAAUACCGCCGCCAGUGCCACCAGUUCCUGGCUAGCUCUCCACCUCCAGCCACAGGUGUGUUCUGCAACCGGACGUUUGACGACUAUGCUUGCUGGCCAGAUGGACUCCCCAACUCCUUGGUGAAUGUUAGCUGCCCCUGGUACUUGCCUUGGGCCAGCAGUGUGCCACAGGGUCACGUGUACCGGUUCUGCACGUCUGAGGGUCUCUGGCUGCAGAAGGACAACUCCAGCCUGCCCUGGAGGAACCUGUCGGAAUGUGACGAGUCCAAGCAAGGGGAGCGAAGUUCCGUGGAGGAACAGUUCCUGUCCCUUUACAUCGUCUACACGGUGGGCUACGUGCUCUCCUUCUCCGGGCUGGUCGUCGCCUCCGCCAUCCUGCUGGGCUUCCGACACCUGCGCUGCACCCGGAACUACAUCCACCUGAACCUGUUUGCAUCCUUCAUCCUCCGUGCGCUGUCAGUCUUCAUUAAGGAUGCGGCCCUCAAAUGGAUGUACAGCACCGCCCCCCAGAAGCACCAGUGGGACGGGCUCCUCAACUACCAGGAGUCCCUCGGCUGCCGCCUGGUGUUCCUGCUCAUGCAGUACUGCGUGGCGGCCAAUUACUACUGGCUCCUGGUGGAGGGCGUGUACCUGUACACACUGCUGACCUUCUCCGUCUUCUCUGAGCAUCGUGUCUUCAAGCUCUACGUGGGCAUAGGCUGGGGUGCUCCUCUGCUGUUUGUUAUCCCCUGGGGCAUUGUCAAAUAUCUCUAUGAGGACGAGGGCUGCUGGACCAGAAACUCAAACAUGAACUACUGGCUCAUUAUGCGGCUGCCCAUUCUCUUUGCCAUUGGGGUAAACUUCCUCAUCUUUGUGCGGGUCAUCUGCAUUGUGGUGUCCAAGCUGAAAGCCAACCUCAUGUGCAAGACAGACAUCAAGUGCAGACUUGCCAAGUCCACGCUGACACUUAUCCCCCUGCUGGGGACCCACGAGGUCAUCUUCGCCUUCGUGAUAGAUGAACACGCCCGGGGGAUGCUGCGCUUCAUCAAGCUGUUCACAGAGCUGUCUUUCACUUCCUUCCAGGGGCUGAUGGUGGCCAUCUUGUACUGCUUUGUCAACAAUGAGGUCCAGAUGGAGUUUCGGAAGAGCUGGGAGCGCUGGCAGCUGGAGCACCUGCACAUUCAGAGGGAGAGCAGCAUGAAACCCCUCCAGUGCCCUAGCAGCAGCGUGUAUGCCGCCACCUGCCAGGCCUCCUGCGGCUGA